GAAGAGGCUGGCAGAGAGGAGGAGAGUACAAGAGAGGAUGCUGGAUGCUGACACAGGGCUGCUGUCGUAACACUUUGUGACACACUGAAGCAUCCUGACAGAAAAAAAGAACAACACCACAUCUGUUUGAGAACCUCAGAAUUGGGUGGACGAUGAACAUGUCUAGGGGCCCCCCAGGGGAGGAGCUCACCGAUGAGGAAAAGGAGAUCAUCAACAGUGUACUGGCUCGUGCUGCCAUGAUGGAGUCCAUGGAACAACAGAGGAUUGAGCGUCUUUCCACUCGCCUGGAUAAUAUCAAGAAGACAGCGUGUGGUGACGGGCAGUCACACUGUCUGUUGUGCGGGGCAUCCUUUGGACCACAGGGGGUCACGGCCGUCCUCUGUGUGCAGUGCAACAAACGUAUGUGUAGCAAAUGUGGGAUUUGGAGCAACAGCAGGGCAUGUCCUGUGUGGCUGUGCAGGAUCUGCAAUGAACACCAAGAGGUACAGAAACGCUCAGGAGCUUGGUUCUUCAAGGGAAGAGAGCAGCAGGUCCUGCCCGCACCCCUCCCACUGACCAGACCUCAACAGUCCAGCACUGAGGGCAGAUCUGCUCCUUCAGACCACGUUAGACCACGAGAACCCACUACACAACAUCAGGACUCUGUUGUCUCCUCAGAGCUCGGUGCUGAGCCACAGCCACAACAGUCCUGUGGAUCAGAACAAUGGGAGCAGACAGCAAGAACAACAGCUGACAGCAGUAAUGAGGGUCAGGCCCAUCCAGCGACUGUAAUGAAGACGGAGAGACAUGUGUUAGCCUCCAAACCGCCCAGGGCAAAUGUACAGCAGCCUGCCGCCAGCUCAGCUCCUGUUGUGGACGUGGAAAGCAAAUUGUCAAAGAAGGAAGACACGGUGUCUCCUCCAGCUGUGGAGGAAAAACGGCAACCGUUGGUGGCCAGCUCCAUUUCAUCAUAUACCCCUGUAACAAGAAUUAAUCCACCUGUUAAUCCACCCGUCAACAACCCUCCACCCCAACGACCCCCGCCAGAUCGAACAGAGGUGGAGGACGAGGACUACGACUCUGAUGACGCCACCACUCUGGGAUCUCUGGAGUUCAGUCUCCUUUAUGAACAGGAGAACCACACUCUGCACUGUUGUAUCGUCAAAGCUAAGGGUUUGAAACCGAUGGACUCAAAUGGACUUGCUGACCCGUAUGUUAAGCUGCACCUGUUACCUGGAGCCAGUAAGUCUAACAAGCUUCGCACCAAGACACUGAAAAACACCUUGAAUCCUGUGUGGAACGAGACAUUGGUCUACCACGGCAUCACUGAUGAGGAAAUGUCACGCAAAACUCUGCGGCUUUCAGUGAGUGAUGAGGACAAGUUUGGACACAAUGAAUUCAUAGGAGAAACACGGGUUCCACUGAAGAAACUAAAAUUUGACCAGAAGAAGAACUUCAGUGUUUGUUUAGAGCGAGUGAUCCCGGUGAAGAAGGCUGUCGGAGGUUCAGCUCGCGGCAUGGCGCUCUACGAGGAUGACUUGAAUGAAAGUGAAGAUACGGAGGAGAGAGGGCGUAUCCUGGUAUCGCUGAUGUACAACAGUCAGCAGAGUCGUCUGAUCGUGGGCGUGGUCCGCUGUGCUCAUCUGGCCGCCAUGGACUCCAAUGGCUACUCUGACCCAUUCGUCAAAGUAUGUCUGAAGCCAGAUAUGGGAAAGAAAGCUAAAAACAAGACUCAGAUAAAAAAGAAGACUCUUAAUCCAGAGUUUAACGAGGAGUUCAGUUAUGAAAUAAAGCAUGCAGAACUAGCCAAGAAAACUCUGGACAUCUCAGUGUGGGACUAUGACAUGGGCAAAUCUAAUGACUUUAUUGGGGGAUGCCAGUUAGGUAUCCAGGCUAAAGGUGAAUGUUUGAAGCAGUGGUACGAAUGCCUGAAGAACAAAGACAAGAAGAUUGAGCGCUGGCAUGUUCUGCUGAAUGACAACAGUGUUCAGUUUGAUGAUUGAAAAGUUUCCCUCAAUUACAUGUAUGUGUUUUUUUCUUCCUCAGUCUCCCUGUGCAGAGUAUUGUCCUCCUGUGGAAAGGGGUUUAAGGAUAUUUCCCUUUAUGUUAAUGUAUGUAGUUGUUAAGUUCAGUGAAGUUUUGGCCCACGUGGAGGUCUUCUUCAUGUCACAAAUCAGAACUAAAAAGCUGUUAUAAAAUAUCAGAAAUCGCAUCAUAUAGUUAACCAAGCGUACUUUUCAUGCAGCGAUGACUGAAUGGAGCUGUUAUCAUACUACAUGAAGCAGAUAAAACUCUUGUUAUCAUUGUAAGAUGGUAUGUUGUAAUGAAGUGUGCCUCCAAGCUCAGACCCAACAGAGGGAAUUCUGUCUCUGACCUCUUUUCUCAUGUUGAUCUGUGCUCCUGUCAUACGAGAUUAUGUCAGCUGAUCUACGUGACGACAUUGUUCUAGUGCUUGCAUCACCGAGACAUUAAUUUCACUUGUGUUAUUAUUGUGCAUUUAUUGUGCAUCCUGAAUAUGUUAAAUAUUUAAUGGGACAAUUAAUGCUGUUUUGUUACCAGAAUAAUGUGAAUAAUAGCAUUCUUUUGUUGUUAAUGUGCAAUGCAUUGCUUUUGAGAUCAUGAAACGUACAUAUUCAUCAUUAUCAUUAUCAUCAUCAUUAUCAUCACUACCUUCUCCUGUGCAUGUGUGAGCUCUAGGACUCUCUGCUGGAGAAGUGCCCAAAAUGCUUCUGCAUGAUAUUUAAUUAAAACAAAUUCAACAUCCAUUGUUAUAGAAAAUCUAUAUAAUCUGUUUGAUCAGCAGGCGGUUAUUCAGUGUGCACCAGUGAUUUCACUACAUACUCAGCAUUCCUCUCUCUGUAAACAAAUCAAUGCAUGUCUUCUUUCAGACUCAUGUUGUACACUUGGUAAAUAAAUAAACCAAUAAACACACCA